AUGGAAGACACUUCUGACUUGCUGAAGCAGGGGAUGCAAUUGUUAUUUGCUGUCCAUAACAGACUGCUUUUAAUUGUAUUUGUGUACAAAAGAGGGUUGUCUGAAGUUAAUGUUUGGAAUUUGGACUUAUCAUGCUUACAUCUCGUUUUCGUAUUUCUAGCUGCCGAGUAUGAAACCCCAAAGAAUUCCUUAAAUCAGAUUUCACUUUGGGAUGGCAUUAUAGCUUCUAAAGAGCAUGCAAAGUUUUGGACGCAUACCUCCAACAAGUAUCGUUUUAUUGAUCAGGGAAGCAACCUUCGUGGUAAAGUUUUUCACUUGACAUUGCAUUGGCAUGUCAUGCCCAAGACUGGCAAGGUGUUUGUGGACAAAAUAGUCAUGUCUGGAUACCGCUUGCCAAAGGAAUAUAGAUGA